CCACCAUCGCCCCUGUCGCUUGCGAUCGACAGCGCCUGGGCCCAAGCUUGCCACCCGCCGGCCUCGAUCCAGACCCAGAUCCAGAGUCCGACAGCACACCGCGCCACGCAUCGCACAUCUUGCCAUGAGCAGCAGCAACUCGGGCUCUUCGUCGUUUCUGUCGCCCUUUGCGGCCCUGCUGCGAGGCCCAGCAAAACCCUUGGCGCCACCACCACCGGUCGAGAACCCGGCCUUGGAUGCCGAGGAUGCGUUGGAUGCCGAGGAAGACCAUGAAGAAAAAGAUCGUGGCGAUGGAGGAGAAGAUAACGACGACGACGAUGAUGAAGAAGGCGCCGCCAUUGACGCCGCCGUGUUCCCCCUUCCAAAUGGCCCCCAACGGGUCUCGGCCGUGCGAUUUUCAUCCAAUGUCUCCACCGAUCCCUCGAGAAGCACCAGCGCCCGACGCAAGGUGCGGCUGGAGCCUGGGCACUCAGCUAUGGACUGGGCACGGCUGACCCGGUCAGGUCAGAACCUUCGUGGCGGGAUCACACAGCUGUCUCGAUUCACUCCUUCGCAAAUUGCAGCACACAACAAGCGAGAUGAUCUGUGGAUGGCUAUCCAAGGCAAGGUGUACGAUGUCACUGCCUACAGCAAAUUCCACCCCGGUGGGGUGACGCAGCUCAUGCGGGGCGCCGGAAAGGAUGCCACCGAGCUGUUCUUCAAGGUGCAUCCGUGGGUGAACCUGGAUAUGCUGCUGAGCCAGUGCAUGGUUGGGUUUCUUGUACCAGAGCCGUCGGGCUCGCAGCUCAAGGCAUCAUGAAUAUAGCAGCAGAGCAGGCCCAUCUGGAGGCGUGGAACCCCAGGAGACCCCCGACUCUAUUGAUAGUGUUCGGACAAGAC